UCUCCCUAUUUCUCCGCUCGGGAGGGGGAGUCAGAUGAGAAUGAAAGCUUUUCCUCGGAGUUGAGGAGCAGGUUGGGUUUCGAUCACGAAUAACCGUGAACAGACCGGCGAACAACAGUGCAGUGCCGCGCUUCGAUACUUCACGAGCCGAGGCGAGCGCAUGGAGACAUAACGACAUGAAGCGGACUUUGUCGGUGUCUUUGGAAAGCAGCGAGCGAGCCAUGAGUCCAGGAUACUGAUUAGAGUUGACACCAGCCCAGCUCCAGUAGCAACUCUAUUCACACUUCACCUCCAACCCCCUCCUUCACUCCUAAACCAGGAAAUCAACGCUUAUCCUUCGUCCCAUAGAUUCAACAAAAAACACCAGAGCCUGGAUUGGCUUUAUCGAUGAAGAUCUCGUCGGUGUCGUCGCUUUCUCUGGUGUCGUUGCAUUCGGAAGUUCGGCUUUACAUCUGAAUCGGAUCCGCGCUGUCUGCGAACAAUGAGUGAGUCAAGUAUCUGUCAGGCGCGGGCCACUGUGAUGAUCUAUGAAGAUGGCAGUAAGAAGUGGAUCCCGGCAGGCACGGGCCCACAGGCUUUCAGCAGGGUCCAAAUAUAUCACAACCCAAGCACUAACGCCUUCAGAGUGGUGGGACGCAAGAUGCAGACUGAUCAGCAGGUGGUGAUAAACUGUCCUAUUGUAAAGGGCUUAAAAUAUAAUCAGGCCACGCCCAACUUCCACCAGUGGAGGGAUGCUCGCCAGGUUUGGGGUCUGAAUUUUGGCAGCAAGGAGGAUGCAGCACUGUUUGCCAACGGCAUGUUGCAUGCACUUGAUGUCCUUAGCGCCAUUCCUGAUGCAGGAUACCCCACGCGACCUGUGUCAAACGGACCGUCCCCUGAAGAGAUGGAGCAACAGAGAAGAUUGGAGCAGCAGCGUUUGGAGCAGCAGGAGAGAGAGAGACAAGAGCGGGAACGCCAGGAAAGAGAGCGACUGGAGAGAGAACGACUGGAAAGAGAACGCCAGGCAUCCUCGGUUGUUCCCCCACCACCACCACCUAUGGCCCCUGGAGGCCCUCCGGCUCCCCCCGGACCUCCACCUCCCCCUGGACCCCCUCCAUCUGGACCUCCCCCACCACCUGGCCCUCCUCCGUUUGGAGGAGGAGGAGCUCCACCACCACCUGCUCCUCCUUUGCCUUCUGCCGGAGGAGGCGGAGGUGGGGGCGAAGGACCGGGUGGUGGUGGUGGCGGUCUCGCAGCUGCCCUGGCAGCAGCCAAACUUCGCAAAGUGGCUAAGGAUGAUGCUGGUGGUGGCGGCAGUGUUGCAGCCAGCAUUGCUGCAGCUCCUAAACCAGACAGCAGUCGCAGCAGUGUGUCUUUGCCCAGUGGAGGCGGAGGAGGAGGAGGAGGUGGAGGAGGCCUGAUGGGCGAAAUGAGCGCAAUACUGGCACGACGGAGAAAAGCAACAGAUAAAGGAGAGAAGCCUCCUCCUAAAGUUGAAGAGCAGAAUAAUGAUGAAUCUGAGACCCAAGAGUUUAAGAGACCAUGGGAAAAAUCUGCCACUAUGCCUAGGACUAAUUCAGCACCCAGAGGUCUGGAUACACCCUCUCCCUCAUCGUUCAGGAUGAAACCUGUUAACCAAUCAGUAGAGGCAGAGAGUGCAGAAGGAGAGUCGGAAAUGGAACGACUUAAACAGGAACUGCUGGAAGAGGUGAGAAAAGAGCUUCAGAAAGUUAAAAACGAAAUCAUCGGAGCCUUUAUUCAGGAGUUACAGAAACGAGGAUCUACAUAGUCCCAUUGAAAUGAAUCAGGGAUCAACUUCUGAAUAGCCCAGGGAUACAGACACACACGCACACGCGCGCGCACACACACACACGUACCCAGGGACUUACCCUUAAUCAUUACCAUUCAACCCAAGAUGGGUUUUGUUGUAGCUUUAUCUCUGCCAUCAUUUCGUCUUUCAUAUUCAACCCUUUUUUCUUUCUCUCCUCAUUUAGUAUCACCGAAUGCUUUACACAUCACACACACUUGUUUCCCGUUACGUUAAGCCACACAUCCGCACAGUAAUUGCCUACAUUAUAUGUAUUCAGGGAAUAUUAUCAUAUCACUCAUCCCAGUGACUGUAAUGGCCAUAUGCAGAUCCCUGUAUGAACGACAGGGCUUUGGUGGCAAAAACAAGAUGAAUUCUGGAGGAUCAAGACUUGCACCACAGCAGACCAACAUCUCAGGUCCCACUCUUGAGCUUUCAGGAAGAUUUUCAUUUCCUGAUAUGGCGGAUCUUUCUCGGUUCUGGGAAUAAAUCACGUUUUUUUUCUGAUUCGUUUGAGGCUGUGAGCUUUGUUGUGUGUACAUGCCUUCCUCUAUUCUGACCACCCCCAUUGUGGUCCUAAAAACCAUCAUUUGAGAUAUGUUUGCAAACUUUGUGUCAAGAUAUAAAAUAUUACGAUGGCCAUGAUAAUUUUUGUCCUUUGGUCAUGCCAAACUGCCUUGCAUAUAAAUUAAAAACUAUAUAUAUGGUAUAUAUUUGUUUUGAGGGAAAAUGAUAGUUAACUCGAGAUAAGGUUUCUAUUUUAAUUGAUCGGUGACAUGAUUGGUGGAUGGGGACUUGUAUGUGAUUAUAAUGUUAUCUUUUCAGAGAUGAUUAUUUUGGGUUUUCUGUUAUUGUUUUUGUUUCUUUUUCUAUAGAUUAUAGGCUUUUUACACUGAAAUACAGAAAAUUGCAUAGAGACACUGGAUUAGAUGCCUUUAUAGUCAAAUACAGCUGCUUCCUCUACUGCA